AGUUCAACAGUGAGAGCACACCAACCAAGUUGGGCAACUGGCAAGUCCCACGUUGGGCGCCAACAAGGGCCCGCGCUGUUGAGUACCGCCCCGACCCAAAGCCAAUAUGUGACAUGAACGGGCACUUCCUGCCCGGGGCACCUAGAGGCACCUCCAGGUGUUUUGGGCACUAUACCGGCACUUGGGACCUUCCUAGGAAGAUUACCAGGCAAGUCGCCGCGGAAUUGGCAAAGGAACCCCCAGAUGGUAGAUUUCCGGAUUGGCUGAAUCUCCGCGUACAGAGGCCUAAAGCGGCCGCGGCGGCGAGGAAGGCAGCGCGCCUGCGCGCCGCACAGCGCGGCAAGCCGGCCGUAGUAGAGGAACCCGAGCCAGUAGAUGAACAGUUGUUCAAACCUCGGUUGUGCCCAUUCCACAUGCAUGUUGCAAAAACAUAAAUACUUAGAGUAGCCGCAUAGUACUGCACCAAUAUGUAUUUAUAUUUAUAAAAUUUUAAUUGAGCAAUUCUACUUUUAAUAAUAUGGAUAUUUAAAACAAUGUCAUACUUUUUCAUGUCUGUGCAUUAAGGAUACAAAAAAUAAACAACUGGAACAGCUAGAAACUGAUCAGUUCAAUAAUAAUAUUGAUCAAGAUAAUAAAGAAAGCCAGAAUAAACCCGAUACUAAAGACGACGAUCCACUAGAUUUGUACAAACAGAAACUGCCAAUUGAUGACAAGGGCAAUACACUUUACGUGCCAGGAUCAUUGACUGAUCCGGAUAAAAGACAUGAAAGCUACGAUCUUCUAGUAAAAGAGGCAGUUGAAAAAUUACACGGGCCACAAGAAGACGACAACGACAGAUUCUGGAGGAAAGUAGCUGAGAACGCUAAAAAGAAUGAAAAGUCCCGUCAGGAGAAUAUGAAAUACGCGAAAAAGAGUCAAACGCCGAAAUUACCUCAAGUGAAUGUGUCACAAAAUUUUCAAUUCGCUAAAAGAAUGCAUGUCGGUAACUUGGAACAUCAACCUUUGCCUGACACAUUGGGUUAUAGAAAUAUGACUAAAAUUGCAGAGCACAGGGAUUCGGACAUCGUCGUUAAACCAUAUGCAAUAGGUUGGAAAGGUUACGGUGCUUCUGGUCCCACUUGUUGCACGAAACUGCGUGUACAUAGACCUAAAACCUGUGAUCCCAACAAAGUUGAUGGUGGAAAGGAGGACGGAAAGCGACCAGUGACAUCUGCACCGGACCUAGGAGGACAAUACAAGAAGCCUAUGUCCCUUAUGGAUUUGGCUAUUUGCUGGGAUUUCCGACCCGACGAUCCAAGAUACGAGCCAAGACCCCCCAAACACAUUGACGGUUCGAACGGUUCUAAAGCUCCGGCUGUCUUCACAAUGGUACAUACACCAAAGGAGGAAAUAGAGGAUCCUGCACACGGCCACUCUCAGCCGAUUUUUAAUCAAAAUCGUGUGGUAGAAGAUGUUGGCCGUCACCCAGUGCCAUAUUUCGAAAAAGACAUGACGAAAGAGAAACGAAAGGAUUCUUGUGAGGUCCAGCAUUGUCCUCAACACAAUAAUGCCAAUGAGAAAGCAAAUUCGAAAUGUUCUAGCAGAAAAUCCUCAGCGCAGUCCGAGAAGAAACCGCAAUGCGAUGGUAUUCACGGAUGCGGCACUCCUAGCGAAACUAGUCGAAGGUCAAGCCGUGUUGACAGGAGACCAGACAAAUUGCAACCGAUUCGAGAAGCAUGGAACGGAAAUAAUGAAGGUAAUAAAAACUAUGAUAUCAAUCGCAACCGUCACAGUUUAGAAUCGUAUGAAAAAACACCAUUAGCACAAGGCAAACUGCAUCAGAGUUCUCCAAAAGAGUCUCAGGGGUCUAGGCGGUCGACCAAAGAUAGUGAAUCGACUAAUACCACUAAACACAAGACGUGCCUGUCGUGUAACGGUACAAAGAUAUUACAAGAACCGCGACAAAAAGACGAUUAUAAGUUCGCCUUUAAAGCUGGAAACCCAAAUUCUGUGCAGACUAACUCUAAUUGUUCUACCGAUUCAAAGGGUGUAAAAAUGCCGAAAAUGCGUCAUCCAUAUACGAAGAAGUCUUACACGAUUCCUACAUUGACCCCUCCAUUCAGCAUCUGGCGCGAUGCCAACGCAACUGGAUAUCCUGAACAUUGGAGAUUAGCGAGUGUAUACCAACACGCUUACAAGCCACCUGAGCAGAGACGAAAGCCGCUUAUCGCUAGUGUUUAUCAGUGA